GUCCUGCGAGCUCUUUGAUGUUGGUUGGUUGAUUCAAUUUUUGCACGAUCAAAUUAUUGAGCGUUGUGAAUUAUACUAAGUACCUUUUCCUCCGGGGGUUGCUAUAUAUCCUUUUAUUAUUAUAUUAUUGGGUAUGCCACUCAAUUGCUGAUAUAUUUGUAAUUUGUUCUGGAACAUUUGAACAGUUACAACACCCACUUACAAUUCAUGGCAGAAGAAGAGGUUGACAACUCCAUACCUUUUUUAGACAUCAAAGUGAUAAGAAUGGGAGAAGUUUUGAGGACUGAUUGGUAUAACAAGCCCAGUAGCUCUGGGAGAUAUCUGCAUUAUAGAUCUUGCCAUCCUCAAAAUAUGAAACUUAAUCUGGUUACACAGAUGAAAACUAGAGUCUUAAGAUUGACGCAUCCAACUUUUCAUAGUCAAUGUAUUUUCAAACUACAAAGGCUAUUUAUAAUGAAUGGAUACCCAAUUAAAUUACUGAAUAAGUUGCUGUGCAAUACAUCGUCUUCACCCCCAGUCGAAGUCACCUUACCAUCAAACACCGAUGCGCUGAGAGACCGAACUGACAUCGUUUACGCCACUAUACCCUACAUACCGGUACUCUCGAAUAAGAUUUCCAUGAUUUUUAAGGACUACAAACAUAUCAAGAUUGUUAAAACUAUGAAACAUUCAUUGUUUAAGUUAGUAUUCAGCCGUUUGAAAGACAAAGAAAAGGAAGAAUAUGAAUCUGGAGUCGUGUAUAGUAUACCUUGUAGCAGUUGUGAGAGAACAUACAUAGGACAGACUUCCAGAUGGAUCAAAGACAGAAUAACAUCUCAUAAGAGUGAUGCAAGAAGAAAUUUAAGAACUUGUGCCUUAGCUAUACAUGCGAACAAUAAUGACCAUGUAAUAGAUUAUUCUAACACGAAAUUACUCUUUAAGGAACCCCAUUACCAUAAAAGAUUAUUCUUGGAGAUGUUAUCGAUAGCAGUGACUGACAAUACUAUAAAUACAAAGCAAGAUACUAACAAUCUUAAUAAUAUAAUAUAACAUCUAUUCCUACUUGAUUGAAUUGUCGAAGAAUUUCGCAUCCACCAUUUCUUAGUUUCAACACCUGCUAAUAAUAAUUUAGAAACACAAAAAUUCAUUUGACUUCUGGAAAGUUAUAACGCCAGUCUAACUAUUUUUGAUGCUGAUAGAUCUCCAGAGAUAAUGAAUAUCAAACACCGACUAGACUAUCUAUAUACAGUGUCUCUGUUUCGCCAAGAAUAUUCAAGUCUAUAUAGAGAAACCAAGAAAUUGUAUGACAAAAGCCUCAAAAUUAAUAAGACUAAUUUUAUCAGAGAUCAAAUAAUAAAUUCAAGAAAUAAAAAUAAAACAGUUUGGAAUCUAAUCAACCAAAUAACUGGCCACAAAACUAAAAGUAAUGGACUUAUAACAUCUGACAAUCCUCAACAUCUUUCUGAAUCAUUCAACAAAUAUUUCAUAGAUAUAUCUAAGACGUUGAAAACACAGACUUCCACUAAUUUCACUUCUGUUUCAGAAAUUCGUCCGAUUAGUGAAAACUAACGAUCCUUUUAUCUGUUCCAAAUUUCUGCAGAAGAGGUUAUCAAAACUGUCAGUAAAAUGGAAAAUAAAAGCUCCUUUGGCUAUGACGGAAUACCGAUGACUGUCAUAAAAAAAUCCAUCAGGAUCAUCGCGGAGCCCUUAGCUCAUAUAAUUUACAUGGCGUUUAAAGAAGGUGUUUCCACAAUCUCUGAAAAUAGCAGUGGUGAAACCUUUUUACAAGAAAGGAAACAGUGAAGACCUUGAAAAUUAUCGUCCGAUAAGUUUGUUGACUUCUUUCUCCAAAGUGUUUGAAAUAAUACUAGUAGAUAGACUCUUGAAUUUUUUUCAUAAGUCUCACAUAUUUUCGAAAUAUCAGCAUGGAUUUUUGAGGACCAAGAGUACAGAAACUGCGAUCUUUGAACUAACGCGCUCAAUUCUUCAAGCCGUGGAGAGAGGUGGUGUCCCGGUGGGGCUGUUCAUCGACUUUUCUAGAGCUUUCGACUGCGUGGUACAUAAUAAUUUGCUUCGUAAGCUACAUCAAUAUGGAAUAAGAGACAAACAGUUAAAUCUAAUGAGGAGUUACUUAGAAAACCGGCGUCAAAGAGUGUCCAUUGAGGUAAACGGAAUUAUCUACUAGUCAUCUGAUGAGUUGUUGGAGUUCCCCAAGGAAGUAUCAUGGGGCCUCUCCUCUUUCUGAUUUAUAUCAAUGACUUGCCGGAGAACAAGAAAAAGUUCAACGGGAUGUUCCUUCCAUCGCACCAAUCGUCGAAGAGUGCUACAUGUACGCAGACGAUACGAACCUACUGAUCACCGCACCUAAUAUUGCUGAGAGUUACGAGGUGGCCCGAAGAUCUUUUUCCACAGUCUCAAAUUGGUGUCUACAAAACCAACUCUACAUCAAUUCUGCUAAGACGCAGUGUGUGAUUUUUGGUACAUCGCAUUCAAAAAUCAUAAAACCAGAAGUUAUUGAUCUUAUGGGAAAGUCCAUAAACGUAUCUACCAGUACCAAUUUUCUGGGAAUAAUAUUAGACCAUCAGUUGUGUUGGUCAGAACACAUAAUUUCUCUACGGAGUAAAUUAAACUGUGUUCUCUACACACUACGACUUUUGAAACAACAAGCAGACUAUAAUUUCCUCAAAACAGUGUAUUUUUCCAAUUUUCAGUCUGUAUUGUCUUAUGGAAUUAUCAUGUGGGGCAAUAGCUCUGACAUAAUAAAAAUUUUUGUUAUUCAGAAGAGAGCCUUGAGAACCAUGCUCGGUUUAUCCGCCAAAACAUCUUGUCGAGGACAUUUCAAAAGCCAAGGAAUCCUAACAACCACGGGACAUUAUAUCUUCAAAUGUAUCCUCUUCCUGAAGAAAUAUGAUCACUACUUCGAGGGCUAUAGAAAUCUGAAUAAUACAAGACGAAUUUUUUCUUUCCAUUUUCCCAUGUGCUCUCUUGUAUUAACUCAAAAAAAUGUUGAAUAUAUGUGCCUCAAAUUCUUCAAUAAGCUACCAAAAAAAUUUCAAACCUUAUCUGAUUUCAGAGAGUUUAAGAAUGCAACUCGAAAGCUACUACUCAACCUUGGUCCUUGAACCGUACUCUAUAAGUGAGUACCUGGAUACCGACCUCCAUAUUUGAGACAUACUUCUGUUAUUUUUUUUUGUUUCAUCCUUAAGGUCUUUUUGUACUUCGACUUGUUUUCUAUUCGGAAUGUACUCUGAUUAUGAAAAUAAAAUAUUAUUAUUAUUAUUAUUAUUAUAAUAAACAAAAUCAAGAAAGUGAAUAUAAUUCUGUGGAACCGGACGUCAUUUGUGUCUAUCUUUGACGGGUGGUGUCAUGGUUUAUUUACCUUAAAUGAAUUGAUGUCUGACAGAAUAUAUGAGUUUUAUCUAUUGAUUAUGAGUUAUUUGUUAAAUCUUUAUUCCUGUGAGAGAGUAGUUGGGUUGGACUAUUUUGUUUUUCAAUAUUUUGAAAUAAGAUUAACAGAAAGGAAUAAAACCACAAUAUAUGUACGUUAGUUUUGUGA